CGCCAUCUUACAUAGACCACGCGAGGAACGGGAAGAGACGAGAAGUCAACGUACGUUUGAAAGUUAGGCAGACGAGGAUUUUACAAAAUAAUUCGCAAAAUGGCUAGCGUGUCUUAUCACAUCGCCAAUUUGCUGGAAAAGAUGACUUCCAGUGAUAAAGAUUUUCGUUUUAUGGCAACAAAUGAUUUAAUGGCUGAGUUACAAAAGGAUUCAAUAAAAUUAGAUGAUGAUAGUGAAAGGAAAGUUGUGAGAAUGUUGUUAAAAUUAUUAGAAGAUAAAAACGGUGAAGUACAGAAUCUUGCAGUCAAAUGUUUAGGACCUUUGGUAAAUAAAGUUAAAGAAUAUCAAGUUGAAACCAUAGUAGAUACUUUAUGUAAUAAUAUGGUAUCAGACAAAGAACAGUUGAGAGAUAUUUCAAGUAUAGGUUUGAAGACUGUUAUUAGUGAACUUCCACCAUCUUCCACAAGUUUAGUAGCAAGCAUUUGUAAGAAAAUCACAGGUUGUCUAAGUAGUGCAAUAUCAAAAGUAAGUUUCACAUGGAUGCUAAUUAACAAUAUAAUUAAAUUCUUGUUCUUAAAGGUAGGAAUUUUUAAUAGCAAAACAAGAUGAUAAUCUGUUUCAGAA